AAGGAGUCGAGCGGUCAGUCCGGCUCGUUCGCGUGGAGCUCUUCCGUGGCUUUCUGUAAAUGGCUACGACCGCAGAGGACCAGCAGGAGCCAGCGGAGCUUUCUGCUCCGUCACUACAGCGCCACAACAGCAACAACAAUAAUAAUAACAACAACAACAAAGACAGCGAGGCGGGAGAGAGCGCGACCUCCGCCACGAACGCUGCGGAACCCGGCGGGACGGCGCCGCAGAGCGUCGGUAACGGCGUCCGCUCGGUCAUCACUCCCAACGGCGGGACUAAUGGGAAGUGGGUCCGGCUGAACGUCGGCGGAACGGUGUUCCUCACGACGCGGCAGACCCUCCUCAAGGAGCAAACUUCGUUUCUGUACCGGCUGUGCCAGCAGCAGGACCUGCACUCCGACACGGAUGAAACUGGAGCCUAUGUGAUCGACAGAGACCCCACCUACUUCGGCCCCAUCCUGAACUACUUGCGGCACGGCAAAUUGGUGUACAACAAGGAGCUUGCAGAGGAAGGUGUCCUAGAGGAGGCAGAGUUUUACAACAUCACCCCACUGAUCAAACUGAUAAAGGAGAGGAUUAUAGAGCGGGACUCGAAAGCCACACAGCAGGUGCCCCCCAAGCACGUCUACAGAGUCCUGCAGUGCCAGGAGGAGGAGCUGACCCAGAUGGUCUCCACGAUGUCGGAUGGCUGGAAGUUUGAGCAGGUCAGCGUGCGCGCCUGCAGAAAGCCCCGCACCGGACUGCUCUGGACUAUGGUGAACAUCGGCUCCUCAUACAGCUAUGGAACCGAAGACCAGGCUGAGUUCCUGUGUGUCGUGUCCAAGGAGCUUCACACGGCCGGAUCGGGCCUGAGCACAGAACAGAGCCACAAAACCAAGCUUUUCCAGAUCCAUGGGUCCAGGAUGUAGAGGCACCAAGACUGCUUGUUCCCAGGCUGGUGACUUCGUGUACGUGUGUGUCGCAUCAGUGAGCCGUCGUCAAAAUGUAUACGGUUAUUAGCAGUUUAUCUACAAGAUGUCAGUAAUGAUUACCAAAUGAUGAAACGAUCGCGUUCAGCUGCAGCAAUACGAUCCAUCUUCUCCGUGUAGUUUUAUGUGUAUCAAGGCAGCUGUGGAGCUUAGUAAAUUCUCACCAAAGACUCGCGGUACUGAACGCAGCAGACCCAGAGCGGAGCUGUCGCUACGUCAC